AACUGUACAUUUUAUCAAGUGAGCAACCUGGAUGGACGCUUGAAGAACGUUGACCAGUGCUUGACCGAUGAUAUCGCCAUGUUUUGCCAAACGUCUGCUCGCCUCUAUUCACUCAUUGCGAAACCUCUUUUUGAUAUCGCGUUUAUUGGGUUGACGUUGAUAUAUAAAUCCCGAAAAAAAGGAAGUGGCGCCCGCACAAUGUUGCCUCUUACAAUGGGUUUUGCUGUUUUGCUGGGCACCGCUGGGCUGCUGAAACAAAUAUCGCCUAAGUUCGGUGAAAUGGUUUCAGAAGAAGCAAAGCGCAAAGGUCACCUUCGUUUCCUGCAUUCACGUAUUAUUGCUCAUUCUGAGGAAAUUGCGUUUUACGGAGGAAAUGAGGUACUUUAUUAA